UAAAUUCAAGACUCACAGAACAUGCAUGUUCUUCCCUCAUAGCUAACAUCGCUCCUUAUUCCUUUGUUUUUUACCAACCAAUGGCUUUCAUAAACUUUGCCCUUCUCACGCUCUGCAUUUCGCUUAUUCUUUCCAUCUUGGCAUCAUCAUCCAUAGCUUCCAACCCACCUAUAGUUCCCCCAGAAACUAUUUGCAGAUCCACUACAGAUCCUUCCUUCUGUAAAACAGUGCUUGCAAACAAAAACGGCACCGUCUUUGACUAUGGCCGCAUUGCUGUCACAAAGUCCUUAUCCCAAUCCCGCAAGUUCUUAAACUUAGUGGAUUCACACCUUCAAGAUAAAUCAUCUUUGUCCCAACCCACAAUUUCUUCUCUUGAAGAUUGUCUUUUUCUUGCUGAACUAAACUUUGAAUACUUAUCAAACACUAUUAACACCGCUAAUAAAUCUAGUGAUGUUCUUCCCUCUUCCCAAGCAGAAGAAAUACACACGUUACUAAGUGCUGUUCUCACAAACCAACAAACUUGCUUAGAUGGCCUAGAGACCACGGCUUCUGAUCAGAGAGUGAAGAAUUAUUUAUCAUCCUCGCUUUCUAAUGAUACAAAGCUUCAUGGUGUCUCACUUGCCCUCUUUGUGAAGGGCUGGGUGCCUGAGAAGAAAAUACAAACAUCAUGGCAAUUUAAUGGGAGACACUUGGGUUUUCGGAACGGUCGCUUACCAUUGAAGAUGUCAAAUCGAGCACGUGCCAUUUAUGAUUCUGCGGUCUCUAGAGGCCGCGGGAGAAAACUGCUUCAAGCGUCGGGUGACAACCUAAGCGUCACAGUGAGUGACAUCGUGGUUGUUAGUCAGGAUGGAAGUGGAAAUUUCACCGCUAUCAACGAUGCUAUAGCUGCUGCACCAAAUAACACAAAUGGUAGUGGUGGCUACUUUCUUAUAUUUGUCACCGAGGGUGUGUAUCAAGAAUAUGUGUCUAUACCAAAAAACAAGAAGUACUUGAUGAUGGCAGGAGAUGGGAUCAAUCGAACAAUUAUCACCGGUGAUCAUAAUGUUGUGGAUAAUUUUACCACAUUCAACUCUGCAACAUUUGCUGUUGUAGCGCAAGGGUUUGUAGCAGUCAACAUAACAUUCCGAAACACAGCUGGGCCAAGCAAGCACCAAGCAGUUGCUGUAAGAAAUGGAGCUGAUCUGUCCACCUUCUACAGCUGCAGCUUUGAAGGGUAUCAAGACACUCUGUACACACACUCUUUGAGGCAAUUUUACCGUGAAUGUGACAUCUAUGGCACAGUUGAUUUCAUAUUUGGAAAUGCCGCUGUUGUUUUCCAAACUUGCAACAUCUAUCCACGCCUCCCCAUGAGUGGACAAUUCAAUGCCAUUACUGCUCAAGGUCGAACUGAUCCAAAUCAAAACACGGGAAGUUCCAUACAUAAUGCCACUAUUAAAGCUACUGAAGAUUUGGCUCCGAAGGUUAGUACAGUGAAAACAUACCUUGGGAGGCCAUGGAAAGAGUACUCAAGGACUGUGUAUUUGCAAUCAUUCAUGGAUAACUUGAUAGAUCCCACUGGUUGGCAUGAAUGGAGCGGAGAUUUUGCAUUAAGUACCUUGUACUAUGCAGAGUAUAAUAACACGGGACCUGGUUCAAACACUGUGAAUAGAGUGAAUUGGCUAGGCUAUCAUGUUAUUAAUGCUACUGAUGCAGCUAAUUUUACUGUGUCUAACUUCUUAGAUGGGGAUAAUUGGCUGCCUCAGACUGGUGUCCCAUACUUGAGUGGAUUGAUAUAGCUAAAUAGACUUACAAAUUUUCAACUGUUUGACCAUUGGUAACAAUGGGAUUUAGCGACGGUUUUCAAGCCGUCGAUAUAUCGUCAAUAAUUACGUGUUUUAUUGUAGUGAAGCUUUGGUGUGCUUUUACAUUCUUUCUAGUUGGAUUUGAAAACCUACUCUAUUUUGUAUUUUUAUUUAAGAGAGUUGAAAUUAGUGUGAGGAUUCUUGAACUGAUUAAACGAUGAAGCAUGAAGCGAUUGUAG